GAAAAGGCUUCAAAGACAAUUAGGAGACGCUCCAUCUUCUCUCUAAAGUUGAGUGUCGCGUAAGUCGAUCUCCCGAAGCCUGAGCGGCAGCGAUGCCGGCGGCGGAAGGAUUAGGACUGACAACCGAACCGCCUAAGGCAUCGUACUCAGCGGCGGUAAGGGACCCAGUCCACGGCCACCAACUGCACUCCCAACCGGUUUCCUUCUGGGACGCGUUAGGCCUGGGUUCGUCUGGUUCCUUCAGCGGCUACCCGGCGGUCACCUUCUCCAAUGAAAACGUACAGGUUCUCUUCUUUCCGUUCAAGUACGCCCUCGUUGGUACCUUUCCGUCUGGGAGGGCCCCUCCCAGCGAUUCGGAAAGCAUUCGCCGCAUUAGGGUUUUUCCAACCCUACUCUGUCGGUCUUCUACAUCGGAAUACUGUUCUGAUCAACUUCAAAUCCGACCUCGAUUACCAAAGAUUUUGGGGAAAAUCUGUCUGGGAUUUCUUUGGGUACCAGAUGUUGGUCACCCGUUGGACUCCCUCAUUCUCCAUCGACCACGAGUCCCCUCUCGCCCCAGUUUGGGUGUCGCUUGAAGGAUUGCCAAUACACCUUCAUGAUAUUCGGGCCCUUUCUCUAUAGCUAGGUUACUGGGGAAACCUAUUAAAAUCGACACCCCUACUGCCAAUUUUUCAAGGCCUUCAACAGCCAGGAUCCGUAUAGAAAUGGAUACUUCACUUGAACUUCCCCAAAAAAUUUGGAUAGGAAAUGGUGCUACUGGAUUUUUUCAGAAUAUACUAUAUGAAAAGUUACCUUUAUUCAGCCACACCUGCUCUAGGUUUGGCCACUCAUUUUCAGAAUGCCCCCGGUCACAAAGCCAGGUUUUGCAAACUGGAAAAAGUACAGCAGUCCCUACUGUUAAAAUUCCUGUUGCCCCUAUCUGUAAUAAUACUAAAGAUACAACUGUCCCUGUGCUCAUUCCUGUUACGGCCCCAACUUCAACUACUGUGAAUGUGGUCACAGCCUUAUGUGAUUCCCAUUCUGAUGCUACAAUUGCUGCCUCUCUCAGUUGUGAUGCUCCAGUGGCAGGUGGUUGUGCUCCUGUUACUGAUGAGUUCUUUGGAAUUUCUAUUGCUGAAAAUGCUGUUAUUGAACACCCCUCCCCCCUGUGAUGCGGUUGUUUUCAUUGUUGCCCCUAAUAAUUAUGUGGUUUCUUCUGAACAACCAUCCCCUGAUUUGGUUGUUUCAGAACAUCCCUCCCCCCUGUGAUGCAAUAGGAUUCAAUGUUACUCCGGAUUUGUCUGUGGUUGUCUCAGAACACCCUCCCCCUUGUGAUACAGUAUCACACUGCUGAACCUGAUUCACUUGGUGAUGACCAUGUUAUGGAAGCUUUUGACUCAUGUGCUAUCUGAGGAUCUGUUGCCGAUCCUACUGUCCGUUUUGAUGCCCGUGAAACUACACCUUCAGCUAAGGUUGGCCCCGUAGACUUAGAAGCUACUGAUGCUACACCUGUAGCUAAGGUUGGCUCGGUGGCUUGUGUUGCUGAUAAUCAUGCCCCUAUUGAUACAUUUAAGUAUGAUGAACCCCCGGUGGCUACCUGUAACAAGGCGGUAACCGCAGGCGUUGUUCAUCAAAUGAUUGACCCACAUGCCUUUGCUACAAAUGAUGCUCUUACAGGAGAUGAUGAUCUUGUAUCUGAUCCUUUGUGUACUCAUACUACACUUGUCCCUUUGCAGUCCAGUGAUGACGUUAUAUCUGAGGACAUCCAUAGUGCUUUUCACACUUUUUCAGGUACCAAUGAAGAAGAUGAUCCUGAUGGCUUUACAACGGUGAAAGGAAGAAAUAAAAACACGAGCGCGGUACUCAUCCCAACUUAUGAAGAAAGGGACACCCAACUAUUUUACCAUGUAGGAUAUAGCCUCUACACUUCUCGCCUUCUCUCAACGAACGAUUUGCCAGCAGCCUCUUUCAAUCUCUCCGCCAACAGGCAACAGCCAACACUUCCUCGAGGGACUGUCCACUAGUUAUUUGUAUCCAUCCAUUUGUAGCCUAUGGCUCCAAUUGAAGGUGUGAUUCAAGUACAAGAUGAUAAAAAAUGCUAGAAGAGCUAAAGUGGAGUUAUAGUGUAGCUACAGGACAAUGGUUGGACAUGCUUAAUCGGGACACCGGAAGUCUGGCUUUUUCAGGAUAUAUUAAGAAGGGGUCUAAGAGAGCAACACUUUCUUUUGAUGCAGCAGUUGGUUAUUUGCUACUUGUACGUUGUCUUUAGUUUUGCAUAACAUAAUUUGGUCUCUGUAGUUUAGAGAGAGAUUUUGUAUUAUGUUUGUACAGUCAAAAACGUAUAUUCUACAGGCAUCAUUUUUUAUAUGUUCUGUCUCGUGGGCUAUGUGAAUAGCU